GCCCAAAACAUGGCGCUGAAGCGAGCUUUGAACCAGAGACCAAUCGUGUAUCAGUUUGCUCCCCCAGAUGCCGGCAUUGAUUCCCCAGAUGAGGAGGCGGCCGAUGCAGUUGGCCAAGUGGAGGAGCUCGGCUCAGCACAGUCGAUCACAUUCGUUGGCCGACAUGUCGCCCUAAGCUGUGCAAGGCGAUGCGUGGUGGUCUGCACGCAAUGCCGCAAGCAGAGGUGGAUUUGGGGCUUGGAACACCAGCUGAGAUGGUUCACGCGGCGUGUUCUCGAACGGCCGCUCCUGAUGUGGGCCUUUUACCUGCACGUGGUGGUUCUUUGGUGCCUGGAAGCAUGGCGACAG